AUGAGAAGCAACCUGUAUCCACGGAUAAAAUCCAUCAGGAGCGGGCAGGAUGGCAAUCGUCACACCUCCACUGGGGCUGACAAACCUGCCAUGGCACCACUCCUUCCAUGCCCCUAUUUCCUCCCUGUCCCCUUCUCCCGCGGCUGGGGGCAAGCGGCCAUCUCACGGACCCCACAGCCACAGUUUGGACCCGGCGACAACUGCCGCCUCGGGGCAAACCGCCAUCUUGUGCCUCUCGGGGCUGAGAACCGCGUCCCUUCAGGCGCAGCGCGGCGGUACGGACUGCUGCUGCUGCCCGUCCGCGUCGGUGCGGCAGAAGGAGAGGGAGCCCUGUCGCAGUAGCAUCCUGUCUGCAGGGCCGAGCCGGGCCUGCUGGCGGGGACCGCUAGGGACAGCCGGGGCAAGGGGCAGGGGGCAGAGGCCGGCACGGCGCGGCGCAGGCCCGGCGGCCGCAGGAAGGGGAGGGAGGCGGUCGCAGCCAUCAUGCGUGCGCUGCCGGGGUUGGGGCGGCUGCUGGCGGCGCGGGAGUGGGGGUGGCCGCCGCGCCGCUGCCUCACCGCCAUGGCCCGCUACGGCACGGAGCAGCGGGGGCGGCCCAACUCUCCCGAUUACCGCCUCUACUUUAAGAAUGCUGAUGGUAAAUAUAUCUCCCCAUUUCAUGAUAUUCCACUCUUUGCUGGAUCCAAAGAGGAUAAAGAGAUUCCUGCAAAGAGGUCAAAAACUACAGGAAAUGAGGUCCUAUUUAAUAUGGUUGUAGAAGUGCCUCGUUGGACAAAUGCAAAAAUGGAGAUUGCCACUGAGGAGCCGUUGAAUCCCAUUAAACAAGAUACAAAGAAAGGCAAGCCUCGAUAUGUGGCAAAUAUCUUUCCUCACAAGGGUUAUAUAUGGAAUUAUGGUGCUCUCCCUCAGACCUGGGAAGAUCCAAACCAUACAGAUAACAUUACAGGAUGCUGUGGGGAUAACGAUCCCGUUGAUGUUUGUGAGAUAGGUUCAAAGGUUCGUUCUUCUGGUGAGGUUGUUCAAGUGAAGGUCUUGGGUGUUUUAGCUCUACUUGAUGAAGGAGAGACAGAUUGGAAGAUAAUUGCCAUUGGUGUGGAUGACCCAGAAGCCCAGAAAAUUAACGAUAUUGAUGAUGUCAGGAAGCACAAACCAGGUUACCUUGAAGCUACGAUUGACUGGUUCCGGUGUUAUAAAGUCCCUGAUGGUAAACCAGAAAAUCAGUUCGCUUUUAAUGGAGAAUUUAAAGACAAGGAUUUUGCUGUUGAAAUUAUUAAAUCAACCCAUGAAUACUGGAAAGCUUUGCUUCAUAAAAAAGCAGAAGGAGGUACUGUUAAAUGCACAAAUGUUCUGGUGAGUGGCAGCCCUUUUUGUUGCAGUGAGGAGGAGGCCCGAUCAAUUGUGCAGUCGGCAUCAGUGCCUGCGAAUGGAGAUUCUGUUUGCCCAGAAGUUGAUUCCUGGUACUUUUUUCCACGUGAUCAUUGAAGUGUUCUGAAGCCACAUCUUCAAAUCUUAAGUCAUCCCAUUUUUGAAGAGAGGCACUAAUGGUUGGGUUCCCGUUGUGACAACUUUUCAAACUAUGUAAAUCUUUGAUCAUGUAAAUAAAUGCUGACAUUAUAAAAUUGA